AUGGACAAGUCCACCAUUGAAAAAACUGAAUACAGCGGCUCAAUCGUCGAUCUGCCAAACGAGUCGCUCAGCUCCACUCAGAGCGCGUCGUUUGAGGAUCACGAGGCCCAAAAGGAGGGAGGCCACACCACCAAACGAGCGCUCAAGUCGCGUCACGUGCAGCUAAUUGCCCUCGGAGGAUGUAUUGGAACCGGUCUGUUUGUUGGUUCCGGAGCCAUGCUCAGUAACUCGGGCCCUGCCUCCAUCUUCAUCGCCUACAUUAUCAUGUCCUUUGUCAUCUACGUUGUCAUGAACGCUCUCGGAGAAAUGACCACCUAUCUGCCUCUGGCCGGCGCCGCUCCCCCCAUGUACGUCAACCGGUUUGUCGACGACUCUCUGGCGUUUGCCUGUGGCUGGAACUACUGGUAUGCUUAUGCCAUUCUGGUGGCCUCAGAAGUCACCGCAGCCUCCAUUGUGGUUGAGUACUGGACAGACAAGGUGCCCGUGGCGGUGUGGAUCACCAUUUUCCUCGUGUCGAUUGUCAUUCUUAACAUCAUCGCCGUCUCCGUCUUCGGAGAAUGUGAGUUCUGGUUUGCCAGUAUCAAGAUUCUCGGCAUCAUCGGUCUCAUCAUUGUUGGUAUCGUCAUCUUCUUUGGCGGAGCUCCCACCCACGACCGACUCGGCUUCCGAUACUGGAAACACGACGCCUUCAAGGAGUACAUUGUCAAGGGCGAUUCUGGUCGAUUCUGCGGGUUCUGGAACGCGCUGAUCCGAUCCGGAUUCUCCUUCAUUCUGUCUCCUGAGCUCGUCACAAUCUCUGCCGGAGAAACCGAGGCUCCUCGUCGAAACAUUCCCAAGGCCACCAAGCGAUUCGCCUACCGACUCAUUGCCUUCUACGUGCUGGGAUCUCUGGUCAUUGGUGUUAUUGUGUCUGGAAACGACCCCCGACUUCUGGGAGCCGUCAACUCUGGAGGAGAAGACGCCGCAGCCUCUCCCUUCGUCAUUGGUAUCCAGAACGCCGGAAUCCCCGUGCUCAACCAUAUCAUCAACGCCGUGAUUCUGACUUCGGCCUGGUCUGCCGGAAACUCCUUCCUCUAUGCUGGCUCAAGAACCAUGUACUCUCUGGCGUGCCACGGAGAGGCUCCGGCCGUCUUCAAGCGAUGCACCCCCAACGGUGUCCCCUACCUGUGUGUGGCUGCCACUGCUGCCGUCGGCUGUCUGGCUUUCCUCAACGUUUCGUCUGGCUCGUCGGAGGCCUUCACCUGGCUGUCUAACAUCUCCACCAUCUCGGGUUUCCUCGCAUGGCUGUGUGUGCUGACCGCCAUGAUCCGAUUCCGAAAGGCCAUCUGGUUCAACCAUGGCACCUUUGACGUGCUGCCCUUCAAGACGCCCUUCCAGCCCUGGUCAACCUGGUUCGUACUGUGCCUCGUCGCGCUCAUGUGUAUCACUAACGGCUUCACCGUAUUUGUGGGAGGCUCUUUCACCGGCUCUGACUUUGUUGCCGCCUACAUCACCCUGCCUCUGUUUGCUGCCAUCUACGUGGGACAUCGAUACAUCUACAAGCGAGCUGGUUUCAAGACUCCCUUUGCUCGACCCAUUGAUGAGAUUGAUAUCACCACCGGUCUCAAGGAGGCCCAGGAGGUCGAGGACAUGUUCCCCGAGCGACUCCCCAGAAACUGGCUCGAAAAGGUCUGGUUUUGGAUUGCCUAA